UCUCUGCUCGCGUAAUACCUCGAAUGAACGUAUCGAGAUCGAGAAUAUCUAUAUAUACUUAACCAGAAGCCAGAAGUGCAGAAGCUGCUCAUUGCGAGUAUAGAGCGGUACGUGUGUCGGGGCGAACUAGUGAACUAUACUCCUCGCGUAAUCGGGUGCCGUCGCAUGCGGUGUCAGAGCGAAGAUCUACUUGCUCCGGGCUACACGACGAUCAAGAUUAUAAUGGAAAAAGAUGAGCCGUUGUGGUCAAAAAUUGCGUGUCGAACGUUGAUGAACGUCGUUACUCAUCCCUUCGACUACGCGAAAGUUUUAAUUCAGAUCGGAUACGAGCCCAUCGAGCCCAGGCCCACGACCACCUUGUUCGGAAAACCGGCACUGGGCCUGCCGAACAUUUUUCAGUAUGUUAGAUAUAUAAAAAAUGUAGACGGCCUCUCUGGAUGUUACCGUGGCCUCGUACCAAAGCUAUGUGCACAUACAAUUUGUGCUGUUGCUUUUGACAAAAGCGUCAAGUCAAUUGAGUUUGAGGAUGAACCGGAUAGCAGUGUACCAAUUGAUGAUUUAGAGGAUAGUGAAAGAGAUAAGAGAUAUGUGCAGGAAUUCUUCAAGGUUCUGAUAGCAAGAACAGUAGGGAUUAUUCUUAGUCAUCCAUUUGAUGUUAUAUCUGUAAGAAUGAUGGCACAGUUUGUCGGAGGAGAAACAAAAUAUGUUACACUGGUAGGUUCCAUUGCAGAGAUUUAUAGAGAAAAUGGAGUUUCGGGUUUCUUUGCUGGAAUUGUUCCAAGACUCAUAGCUAAUGCUACGACAUUAGCAAUAGUUAGUACUUCAACUUAUGUGAUUAACAAAUACUUUAUUCAAGAUAGAGAAUUAAGGACUUUCACUUCAGCUACUAUGACAUUCCUAGCGUCAACAGUCACCUAUCCUUUCUUGGUUGUUUCUCAAUGUAUGGCCGUAAACAACUGCGGUUUGACUGCCGGUGAGCCGCCUAUGAUGCCAAUCUAUAUAGACUGGAUGGAUUGUUGGAGACACCUAUCCAAUACCAGACAGCUGAAGCGUGGAAGUAGCUUGCUUUGGCGAUAUUAUACAGGUCCUCAGCUUCUGAUCAAUGGCCGAGCCAUAGUUGACAAAUCACGUCUCUACUUCAAAACGAUCGAGUAAAAAAUAACUACUACCUACUUGCAAUCGCUGCCGGUGUACGUUCUCAAGUUGAAAAAUAUUCAUUUACAUGCCACCAUAAUUUAGAUCAAAUGCAUUUAAAUAAUCGCAUUAGAGAAAAUCCAGGUGUGCAGUUUACUAAAAUCAAAGAAAAAGGCGAGAGAUGGGAUAAUGCUCCGUACAUUUGUUUUGAUGAAUUGUGGAUGCUGUUGAUGUAAAUACUGUGUAAUCGAGUAGCUUUUGAAAAGUAACUCGAGUUCUCAACAAAACUUCAAUUUUCUUCGUGUUUCUUGAUGAGUAAAUAAUGAAAUUAAUACUUACAAUUGAAUAUUUUAUGAUUGUGAUGUUGAAAUUAUGUUGAACACUUUAAAUUCUCUUAUAUACUUUUUCUCGGCGAUAGGUGACAAUAAAAUUUUUGUUUUUAUGUUUGUAAAAUACUUUUACUGGCUGUUUGGACAACAACUCAUGCAUUAGUUGACCUUGCACUAGUUUCUUUUCUUGUAGCGUGAAAAGGAAAACAAAAAGUUUAUUAAUACGAGUAUAGGUCGACGGUGUUUUUUGUUUUUAUUAAGCAUUGUUUUUUUUUUAAAUUAUUUGUACAUUAAUUUACAUGUCGUUAAUUAAACUUGAAGCUAUAAAUCGUGCUUCGCAUUGAACAGCGAACUGUAGAAAAUUCAAGCCAGUUUAUUUUACAAAUAUGGUUUGGUACACCAAUUCAAAAACAAAAUUGCAGAUGAAUUUUGUACUCAAAUAAAUAAUAAUCAAGACUUUUGUUUCCCAACAGGAUGAAAAUCUUUAUUUUCUAUUUACCAGCAAUAAUUCAGUUGUCUCUUUAUUUUUUUAGGACAUUACAUAUACAUAUACAUAUUUAUAUAUAGAUCAUCAUUCGUAAAAUAUUCUCUAUCGUUGCAAUGUGUAAAGAUAUACAGAGUGCGUUGGUUAACAAUUUUCGAUUUUUUUCUCUUUUUUUAACCGCCAACCGCCUGUCCUGAAAGAUUAAAGUUAUACAUAGGUAA